GGUUUGAACAUAAUGAAUUAAAAAGCACAGUACAUCCUGCAGAAUCUUUCGAAUCUUCAUGGCCUAAAAUUAACAUCUUCCUAGCCUCCAAUCAGUGACCAGAACAAGGAAAAGAGAGCUAAAAGCUCUGCUGAGCUCCCUUUCUUCCCUCUUUAUCCUUCAAUUUCUCAACAAAUUAAAAUGCCCACCAUUUCUAGAUCACCACAAUUACAACCACCACCACCAACUCCACUCUGCCUUACCCUCUCCUCACCCCUGCAGCAAAGGCCCAGUCUUAAUUUUUCCUUCUCAAACCCUUCUUCAUCAUCAUCUUUUUCUUCUUCUUCCUCGUUAUUUCACUUUAAAUUCAGACCAAAAAAGUCCCAUUUCUUGAAGCCAUGUUCUUCAUUGAGGGAAACCAACAAACAGCAGGAGCAACAAAUGCUUGUUCCAAAGACUGCCCCACCUCCUCAGGGACUGAGGAGACUCUUGAAUUUGAGCCCAAAAGAGGAUAAUACCGAUGAUGGGGCUGAUGAUGGGGCAGUAGAGAGUGGUGGUGACACUGCUGUUAAAGGCAGCAUCUUGGCUGGUCUUUUGUUGGUUGGUGUCGUUGGAGGAUUUGGAACAGUUGGGUAUCUUUACAAGGACCAGAUUAAUGCUUUCUUGAAUCAGUUUUCCGGGUUCAUUGACGACUAUGGGCCAGCUGGAUAUGCUCUUUUUGUAUUGGUCUAUGCUGGUUUGGAAGUCCUUGCAAUACCUGCUAUUCCGCUGACUAUGUCAGCUGGUCUUCUAUUUGGCUCUCUGAUUGGGACAAUCAUUGUCUCUAUAAGUGGAACGGUGGCAGCAAGUGUUGCCUUCCUAAUUGCCAGAUAUUUUGCUCGUGAACGCAUUCUUAAGCUGGUUGAAGGGAACAAGAAAUUUCUUGCAAUUGACAAAGCAAUUGGGGAAAAUGGUUUCAAAGUUGUCACUCUUCUCCGUUUGAGCCCUUUAUUACCAUUUUCUCUUGGGAAUUAUCUCUAUGGACUUACUUCUGUCAAAUUUGUGCCUUACGUAUUGGGAAGUUGGUUGGGAAUGCUCCCUGGAACUUGGGCUUAUGUUAGUGCUGGUGCGUUUGGUCGAGCAAUUAUUCAAGAUGAAUCUGAUGCUGGUUUACUGGGAGGAAAUGGACAGCUGCUAACACUCGGAUUGGGGCUGCUAUUCACUGCAUUAGCUGCCACUUACGUUACCCGGUUAGCAAAGGAUGCUGUAAAAGAUAUCGAGUAGAUGGGGGCCUAGGACUGCCCCAUUGUAAAGCAUAACAUAAAUGAGAUCAACUCAAAGAUGCAGCAAAAUCCUUGUAAAUCCAAAUGUAGUUUAAGCAAGUUAUAUAGGAAAUGUACCAUCAAUUUUGAACUGUAACAUCCCUUCCUCUGCUAGAUUGAAAGAUGACAUCUGAUAUGCAUUCUUGUUCAUCUUAGACUAUGUAAAUUUGAGCAUCAGAAUGAGAAACUCUUUUUGGUCCAAAAAAA